CCUAAUCUAAAUGGUUAGCAGUUUAGUUCUGCCCAACAACAACAAUCGAUGGAACCAGUCUAAGUUAUACAUGUGCAGAAAAAAUGGCUCGAAAAGGGCUACAAACAUUCAAUGUUUUCGUUGGUAAUUUGCCAACGGAUGCAAAUGAGCGCAAUGUAGGAAAAAUGUUCACACCGUAUGGUGAGAUUUCUGGAAUAAUUGUGAAGGAGACGACUAAAGUGCAGCCACCUUACAAUAAAUAUGCAUUUGUUAAGUUUUUCUGUGAGCCUGAUGCAGAGAAAGCUGUGCUAGAAUUAGACAAGACAAAUGUACAGGGUUCACAGAUUGUAGUAAAGAGAGCUGAAGAUAGGAAAGACAAGAAAAAACCAUUUGGUGAAGGAGGUGGAAGGCGGGGUCCUAGAGAAAUGGAAUGUGGGGUCAGUCAGACUGAUUGGAUAUGUAUUGUACCCGAAUGUAGAAACAGCAACUUCGCCUGGCGUUUAACAUGUAACAAGUGUAAUGCUCCAAAACCAGAAAUUCCUACAUCCAAUGACACAGUAGAGACUGGUAGUAAUAGAAGUGGACCAACAUUUCCAUCAAUGGGUGCUGCAGUAGAACAAGACAAUCAGGGUCAACGAGAGGCUGUAAUGAUUACCUUUGUAGAAAACCCUAUAUCCCUGUGGGUGCAGAUCGUUAGUGAUGAAAACACACAGAAAAUCUUCAGUAUAACAGAACAGUUGGCACAGCUAUGCCCUAUAGCCCAGCAUGUCUCAGGUCAGCCUGAUCUUGGAAAGAUAUAUGGCUGCUGUUUUGCUGAAGAUGGCAUGUGGUACAGGUGUCAAGUUAAACAAUUUCUAGGCACAGAUAAGUACAAGAUACAGUAUAUAGAUUAUGGUAACACGGAGGAAGUUUCCUCCAGCAGUCUAGUGGAGCUCGCACCCAGUGUUGCCAGCGUGAAGGGUCUGGCAUUCAAGGUUCAACUAAAUAACACAAGAGCGAAAGAUUUGAGUGAUAAACUGGGAAAACAGUUUCUGAAAGCAUUGACUGAUAAUCAGAUGGGUCAAUUAGUGCGAACCCGUGCACUAGCUGAUGGAAGUGGUUAUUAUGGACAUUUAUAUAUAGACAAUAUAUCAGUAGGUGACAGUAUGAUCUCAGCUGGUUACUGUACUACUCGACCAACAAUGGGUAAAACCCCUCGACAACAAAAUGAGACUGGAAUGUUUCCUGAACCCCCCGGACCACAGCUGAUGGGGCCACCACCAUAUGCUGCUGGAAUGAAACCUCAGAGGGAUCGAAAUACUGUAUCCCCGUUGGGUCAGCCACCUCCGUUGAUGGGACUUCCAAUGAUGGGAAUGCCACCAGUUGGACAGCAACACAUGCCAAAUAUGGGUUACCCUCCCAUGCAAAUGGCACAACAAGAUCUUGCUAGAGAUAAAAAGUUACAAAGUAAGCUGACGAAGAAGAAUCAGGAAAACGAGAAGUUGCGUACGGAAAAAGAUGCUGCCAAUAUGCAGGCAGAAUAUAUGCGCUCAAAGGUCAAGACAUUACAAGAGGAGUUUGCGGCAUCUGCAGCCAAGCUACGGGAAGACACAAUAUCUAAACGUAUAAAUACAGUAGUAGCCUUGUCAGCUGUUGUUAGACAUCUCAGAGAGCAAUUUCCCACAAGUAAAUCAACAUGUUUACUAGAGGAGGCUAUGGCGUUAUGUACAGAAUGCGAGAGAGUAGAUAAUAGCAAAUGUAAGUCAUUAGGGGAAGUGUCUACAUCAUUAGCUCGAUACAAGGCUGCCCAAGAUGAGAUUAAAAAAUGCAAAGAGCAGGGAGAGUUACAGGAUUUGAUUGGCACAAGAGAUGAGUGUCGUAAAGGUUUACACAAGAGUCUUUGUGUAUGUCUUGAAGAGAUGGAAAAUCUACCGUUAGAAACAAGAUAUAAACAAGUACAGGAAACUCAGUUAAGAUUAAUGAACACCUAUAGCGAGUACUUGAAAAUACAAGUCCAGGAUGUACCCAGUCUAGAAAAUGUGGCUCCAGGAUUUAUUUCCUGGAAGACGAAGAAAGACACUGAGUUUAAAGAUGUGCGGACGGCUACAGAUUUCUGUGAGGGAGCCUUACAAACUGCUCUUAAUCAAGUGAAACAGCUGAUCAGUGUAGAGACUAAUCCAGAGAUAGAGAAAUCUGAUGUUGACAUUGACGACUUGUUCAAGACAUAUUCACACGCACUUCAGAGAGAGGUCAACGUAACUGACUUGGUGCACGGGAAGGAUUCCAAUCUAAUUGCCAUAGUAAUUGCUUCGGUGAGAAAAGAGCUAAAUCAGGAGGCUGCCACCCUUGAGAAUAUUGCCACACUACAUAGAGAAUUCAAUACUCGUAAACUCUCCAUUGAGCCAUGGCUAGAUAAACCACCAACAUUUUCACAUGUCCAGGAGAAUAGAAAACAAGUGAAAAGUUUAAGAUCGAAAUUGAGGCAUCUACAGGCAGAUAAACAGGACCUUGAGGAGAGUGGGGAUGAGGAAGAGUUGGCAGGUGUGAAGAAAGAGGAGGAUAAGAUACGCGCACAGUUACAGGAUGCCCUCGUACAGUCAGAUUCACUAUCAACAGAGGUAGCAACAUUGGCUGAAUCCAAUUUUCCAGAGUUGAUUCUACAAUAUCCCGAUCUUGGUAUAGAUAGUUAUUUGUUGUACAAAGGCCUUGUGAAGGCAAACAGGGACAUUGACUAUUAUAGUCUGAAGCCUGGUUUCCGGCCUGGUAUAUACACCUCAGUAUUCAGUGGGCAGCCGGUCUUACUACAGGAAUUCCAUAUUGAAGAUACAGAACAGUUUAUGAAGCAACUAGUCAGUUACAACGGUGAUUCAAACCAAAUACAAGCAGUUUUCUUCUCCAAGUCGGAUAGACUUGCGUAUGUACAAACAGCCUGGGAUGGUGGACAUUUGUUGGAUAAAGCCAUGAAAAUGAAGAAACUAAGUGCCGAGGAGGCACAUAAUGUUUGUGUUAGUUUAGCAGAACAAUUAGUGCAGAUUCAUGCUCGUGAUUGUAUACAUGGAGAGAUAACUCCACAAGCUGUCAUCAUGAGGGAAGAUAACUCUGUCACACUUAUGUAUCCAGAUUUCUCAAAAUCACCCGGUGAGCGUGUCAGUAAACGUUAUGCAGCAGAAGGGGGUUUUGUAUUUCAGACCCCAGAAUUACAGUACACCUCUCCGGAAGUUCUGGGUAAUGCAGCAGACGUCUAUAACUUAGUUCUUCUCAUUUUCUGGUUAAUAUGUCCAAACCAUGAAGCCCCAUCUUUAUCAAAUGGCAGCCUUGAUACCAAGCAGUUUAGUCCAACCAUGCAGCAACUGUUUGAUGGGGUGUUAAGUGGGAAAGCAGCUAAAAGGGUUCACGCUAAACAAGUCUUUCAAAUGUUACAAGAAGCCAAGCCCACAGAGGUGUGCCAACAGGAGCCAGUGCCAGUAUCUAAGCCCGCCCAAACAGCACCAGCACCAGUCAUGUCCACCCCUGUCAUCAAGAGCACAAAUGAACCGAUGGAGAUAGGAGUGUUUAGAGCAGAAGAUUACAUGACUGAGACGAACAUACUACCAGUUCAACCAGAGCCUGUGUAUAACGCUGGAGCAGACACAGAUAAUUCAUGGACAACGGAAAGCUUGUCAGCAACUAGCAGCAGUCGUGGUGGCUCACCACUUGACAACACUGUGUUAGAGACUGCUAAAUCUGAUAUUCCAGAAUCAGUAUCUAAUCAUACCAUUGAUGGUACAGACUUUCAAGAAGAAAUCUCAGGGAACAUGGAUGAUACUGGAUCAGAAGGUGUCGCAGAGGUUACAAAGUCAGAAGGAAACACAAAGGUAUCAGGAUCUGGAGACAUUACAGAUGUAACUCUAUCUGGAGGAGUCACAGAGGUUAAAGAAUCUGAGGAGACAACAAAUAAAACAGAAUCAGAAGAGGUUGUGGAGGUUACACAGUCUGAGGUAACACCUUCUGAAAGGGCCAUAGAGGUUACACCAUCUGGAGGGACCACAGAGGUAACACCGUCUGGAGGGACCACAGAGGUAACACCGUCUGGAGGGACCACAGAGGUAACACCUACUGAGGGAGUCUCCGAUGUUUCAGGAUCAGAAGAAAUCGCAGAGAUUACAGAGAAAGGGGCAGCUUGUGAGAAGACAGUAGCUGAUAAUUCAUUGAAGAUGUUGCUACUAAAGCAGGAAGAUAUUCCUCAUAUUAAUGGACCAUCUCGAAGCCAGUCCCCUCUGUCAAAUCUGUUGAAUAUGAUGAUCAAGAAAAGUACAAAAAGUGACUAGGACAUGUUGAUAAUGGAUA